CUGCUCUUUGUCUGCGGGUAGGAAAGCGGAGCGAUGUGGCCUCUCCUUGUGCGUGCCAGCUUUGGAGCUGGCCUUGCCUGGGCUCUCCUUACUGUGAGUCUGGGGAUGGAUUUAAGUUUACAGGAAAGUUUGCUGUUAAAAUCCCUGGGUCUGAGCGUGAAGCCAAGCCCCAAAAUCCCCAUUCCGGUGCCACCCGUUCUCUGGCGGAUCUUCCAGAAGAGAAAGAGCCCUCCUGCAACAAACAGAGACCCGGUGGAUGGUUGUAGGGUGGAGGAGUUUAACGUCCCUGGGAACAUCAUCCGUGUCUUCGCUGACCAAGGCCACUUCAUUCACAGCGCACAGCCCCAUCCGCUGCUGUGUCUGCAGAAGCGUCUGUACUUUAACCUCUCUGUGCUGGAGGAGGGUGAGCGCCUGACGAUGGCUCAGCUGGAGGUCAAGUUCAGCCACAACUCGUACCACAGCCCCGGCCGGGGGCAGGGCUUUGAGCUGAGGCUGUACCGCAGCUGCCAGGUGCCACUGAGGGGGACGCUGUCCCCGGAGCGAGGCCGCAAGCUGCUGGUGGAGCAGUCCUUCAUCCGCCUGCACAAGUCUCUGCUCUUCAACGUGAGCGAUGUGGCAAAGGACUGGACAACUCACAGCAGGAACCUGGGCCUGAUCCUGGAGAUCGCGGUGAGCGGAGACGGAGCCUCAGCCCCGCUGAGCACAGGGCCACAGAGGCUCUGUGCCGGCAUCGACUCGUUCCUGGAUACCUCUCUCCUGGUGGUGACCCUCAGCCGGCAGCAGUGCGGGGCAUCCAGGAGGAGGAGGAGCGCUUACAACGUCCCCGUCACACCGAGCAACCUCUGCAAGCCCCGGCGCCUUUACAUCAGCUUCAGUGACGUCGGCUGGGAGAACUGGAUCAUCGCCCCGCAGGGCUACAUGGCCAACUACUGCCUGGGCGAGUGCCCCUUCCCCCUUACAGCCGAGCUCAACAGCACCAACCACGCCAUCCUGCAGACCAUGGUGCACUCACUGGACCCGGAGGGGACACCCCAGCCCUGCUGCGUCCCCGUCAGGCUGUCCCCCAUCUCCAUCCUCUACUAUGACAACAGUGACAACGUGGUGCUGAGGCACUACGAGGACAUGGUGGUGGAUGAGUGUGGCUGCAGAUAGAGGAGUGGAUGUGGGUAUGCGCCGUGGGGGACGCGGAAUGAUUGAUGGAAUAAAUCCAAGUGUGAUAAAUGC